GCGCUGAGUAUCAAAACCGGAAUAUGCAAUUUCACCAUUUCUACUCCUGGUCUAUUUGCGUGUGAAAAGGUUUCCUUUGAGAAGCCUUUCAAUGGCGGGCAGAAUGUGAAAGUUUUCGUUUCCAAAAGCCACGCAACAAACAGUUAUAGUGGUGGCGAUGGCGCGGCUAUUUGGGUGGAAUCUGUGGAUAAUAAAGAAUUCACAGUUUGUGUUUUGGAGUACGGUGAUGGUUCUAGUGGGACUACGAAAGUGAACUGGAUGGCGCUGCAAUCUGUUCCUGAUGGCGCUCAACUAGACACCGUCUCGUUGGAUUCUUGGACCACUGGAGAAAAGUGUAAAAGGAUCGCCUUUGAAAAGGUUACCUCUGUUUCCUCCUGCAUUUUCGUUAAGUCAAUAGUUCUUACUGAUUUUGGUAUUACUGUUUGCUCAAACCUAGACACAAGAUUUCGCUACGUUAUUUUUUGAGCUUUGCUUGACUAAGUGGCUUUAACUUCGUCUUUCUUUAUUUAGCUCGUAGGAGCUGCAGACUUUCCAUUUGACGUCUUCCUUAUAUCUUUAAGUCAUGCGAUAUAACAUUGUUGCAUUAUAAAAUACGAUUCUUUAUUCGUUUACCAAGAUCUUACAUAUAUUGCUACCUCUAUUUUUUUUUCCAUUAAAGUUAUCUUGCAAUCUGUCCUCCACUUUUCUUUCAUUUCAAUUUUUUUAUUUAUAUUUAUACAUCUUUAGAAAGGUUAAACAAUCUUCAUGUUUUUUGCUAAUGUUUGCUUGAAAAAAUUUAGUGAGAAAGUCUAUAUUUCGAUUCCUUUUGUUUCCAUGUUGCCAAGUUCAUGAUUAUCGUUUUAUUUGCAAAUUCUAUGUUUAAUUCGUAAAACUGUUCUCAGUUUUUAAUCUGCACUAGAAAAUUCCAUCCAAUUUGCUUCUUUUCAGAAUGAUUUUUUCUAUCACACUUCCCCCGUACCCUUGUUUGUUUAAAAAAGAAAAUGUUCUUGAUUAUUUAUUUCAUUCUUUUUUACUUUUUCAGCGUUUCUCAAUUCCUCCGAGCAUCUAUGUAACAGCUCGUCAUCAAAUUCUCAAGAGACCUCAGGACGCCUUGGCAUUGUGGGUAGAGGAUGUACGCAGGGACAGUUUUAAGGUUUGCCUUAGGGAAACUAAGAUUUUUGAUGGACUGCAUAAAAACAUCAAGGUGGUAAGUGAAUUCCUUUUGUUACCUGUUACAUGUUUGAAAGUAGACUCACACGACAACCAAGCGGUUCCUCCCUUGCUGCAACUUACAGGGGCUAUGCUCUAAGAGAACCCAAUUGUGCCUGGCGCUCUACCUUUGCUCUUUGCCUACUAGGAAAUCGUAGCUUUUUUCAUAGAGAUCCUAUGUUGGGUAGCCUGUGAUUUAGACAGGUUCAAAGCAAUGUAAUGGGCUCCCUUCUCUUAGAGCACAACCUUGACUUGAGAAAGAAUAUAUUGAUAACAUUGUUAAUACUUUGUCACUUGUCCUUCAGAACUGGAUAGCAUUUGUUAAGCUGAUGACGCUGAAUUCUACCUUGAUCCAUGGCCUUGUAACAACAAAGAAUAACUCACCACUAAACAAGCAACAAAGCAAGGCCCUCUGUCAGGUAAAGUAACUAAUAAACUAUACUGUUGUGGUUUCUCAGUCACUCAUAUUCAUAAACAGAAAAUCUUUCAUAAGUUCAUGAAGCUCUUAUGUUUUUAUCGUCAACUAUUUAAACAACAUAUAUCAUAUACCGCAUAUGUGUAGAAAAACUUAAUAAUGCUCAUUCUUUUCUUGUUUUUUUUAGAUAAUUAAGUUCACUGAUGCUUUCUAUGCCCCUCCGAUAGUAAUGGUUUCACCAAGACUCAGUUACCAUAACAACAACUCGCGUUUCUCGGCUUCCGGAACUUGUAACGCAGUUACUGCGUGGAUUCAGGUAACAUAUAUGAAACUUGGAGCCAUUUUUCUUAGCCCAUUGCGUCCUUGGGCUGCCUUCUUGUCUUUUCCUUCGAACUUACUUUAAGUAUUGUCUCUGUUUCAAAUUUUCAUGUCGUUUAAGGAGUCCAGAAAAGUUUUUUUUGUUUUGUUUUUUCCCUAUUUUUCCAACCAACCUGUGUACGCCACGGUUUCGCUUUCUAAACGACCUUUGGUAGUGACAUAGCAGUUAAGGUAAGAAAAUACCUGAUGACGCUUAACCCUAUUCAGACUUGGGGGGGGGGGGGGUGGAAGUUUAAGUCAUAAUAAUAUUGCAAUAGAGAAAAAGAACGGAAAUUAGAUUACACAUUAUCUUUUAACAGAAAUUUAACAAAUGUUUAGGCAGCGAUUCUUACAUAAUUUGCCAUGUUGUCCUUAUGCAAAAUAAACAUCUGUAAAAAGAGGAAAAUUAACUCCGGCAUAUCUUGGAUUUACCACUGAAAAGAAUAACUCUAAGAUUUUGAAUGUACCUUUUGUAACCCAUGGUUAUCUGUAUCAAUAUUUCCCCCAUUUAAAAAAAGAAAAUAACAAAAUCAUUGGACCCUUUCAUGGUUUCUGAGAUAGACAACGCGUUGGAACGAGAAUAGUUAUUUACCUUUGUCUCGCGGAAGUCGUUCGUCUUCAUAUAACAUCAUGGGGUAACAAACAUGUGUUGAGGUCGCUAUAAAGGAGAAAUACGGCGAAAGAGGAUAAUUCGCUUGAAUCGCAAACUUUUUAGCGAAACAUUAAAUUAAGUCGAGGUUGGACAAUUAAGAGGACCACUCUGAGUCUAAACAAUAAAGGUUUUUACUCCUCAAGGCUCAAAUACGACUGGAGGCCAUACCGUACCGAGUCCUUGAAAUUUCUUUCUUUUUUGCAGCGUCAAGGAGUAUAACACGCUGGCUAAGUAGAAUUCUAAAGACCGUUGUGUGGUCUUAUGCGAACUAAAUUUUAAUUAAGUAUCCUGAUUACAAUUUUCAGAUCUCAGUAUAAUUGUCUUGGUCUGAAUUGGGUAAAUGAAAUUCAGCAUAUGAAUAUCAAGCAUUCAAAAGUAAGAGGAAAGUGUUUGUCUUUUAAUACUUUGGUUAAUUUCUCGCCGAAAACGUUGCUUCUAAUAAAAGCCAUGAAAAUUUUAAUUUUAGGCAAACAUUCAGAAGUUAUAAGUAACCUAAAUAUACAUACAAGGGAACAAAAACAGUAUGCGGACUCGAUAAACUGAAAAUUGAAAUGCAAAUUUGAACAAUUUUUUAAUGCCACAUAACUAAAUCGCAGAUGUUUUCAAUGAAUAUCUCUUGCUUCAUUGCUUGCUCUGUAAACUGGCCGGGGUGAAGUAAAUCCUUCGCUGUAUGUAACAAGCUACACCUCACCGGGGUAAGAUGGAACCUUCCUGCCCGCUUGUUUCAAUGGAAUGGGCCUGACUUAAUCAUCUAGGUAUAACAUAGGAAAGGAAACAAAAAAAACUACAGUUUUCUGUGGUCGAGAUUCACCCCAGAUGAUCUUUAAAUCAAAAUAUUAACAUUUGUUGUGGCGGGGCUGAAUAAAAUAAUAAUCGGGUUUAAAAUAAUUCAGUAAAGCUUGGAUCAUGGAAAAGAUGAAGUCGGCUAUCAAUUUCGUGGCGGAGACCUCACCUGACAACAGUCCGUGAAUUUUGGGCCACAUGAAACAAAUAAUAUAAUCUUGGUUUGCUUUAUUUCUUAUUCAAGAUUAUAAGUGCUCUAGGUUCACACAAAUUCCAGCAUUCCUCAGUGGGUUGUUGUGUUUUUUGCCUUUAUUAUAGUAUAAAAUAUCCUGACAGAUCAACUUGAACCGUUUCACAGUUAAAAUUUUAAGUCCUAAAAUUAUCUUUUGAGGAAAAAUAAUCUUAGGACCUAAAGGAAACAGAAGAACAGAAAAACCUCUUCUCCAGCAUUUUCAAUACAUCGCCAUGGUAGUGGUGACAGUGCGGUGAUUGGACCUACGUGCCUACCCUUCUGAGUUUCCGCAUAAUUCUUACAAUCAACUAUCUUAAAGAUCUUUACCCCCUACCCCCCACAAACAAAGCAAAUGAGAUCUACUAAACGCGUAAAAACAAGUUGGACUAUAUUGCCACGUAUUGCUAAGAGGUAUAACGCUAAACAGAGUGGAUUUUUCUUCAUUUGAAGCAAGACGUUUACCGAGCAAGAAGUCCGUGUGCAGUUGUUGUUGGCUUUCUUUUUCAUAGGUUCACUUACUUACCAAGACGUUCAAGGUAUAAAAGAGAAUAUUCAUCCCUGUAUUUCGUUUUUGCAACUUAUUUUUAUUAUUUUUACUUUUUUGUAUUUCCCAGCGCUGAGUAUCAAAACCGGAAUAUGCAAUUUCACCAUUUCUACUCCUGGUCUAUUUGCGUGUGAAAAGGUUUCCUUUGAGAAGCCUUUCAAUGGCGGGCAGAAUGUGAAAGUUUUCGUUUCCAAAAGCCACGCAACAAAGAGUUAUAGUGGUGGAGAUGGCGCGGCUAUUUGGGUGGAAUCUGUGGAUAAUAAAGAAUUCACAGUUUGUGUUUUGGAGUACGGUGAUGGUUCUAGUGGGACUACGAAAGUGAACUGGAUGGCGCUGCAAUCUGUUCCUGUUGGCGCUCAACUAGACACCGUCUCGUUGGAUUCUUGGACCACUGGAGAAAAGUGUAAAAGGAUCGCUUUUGAAAAGGUUACUUCUAUUUCCCCUUGCAUUUUCGUUAAGUUACUGAUUUAGGUAUUUCUGUUUGCUCAAACCUAGACACAAGAUUUCACUACGUUAUUUUUUGAGCUUUACUUAACUAAGUGGCUUUAACUUCCUCUUUCUUUAUUUAGCUCGUAGGAGCUGCAGACUUUCCAUUUGACUUCUUCUUUAUAUCUUUAAGUCAUGCGAUAUAACAUUGUUGCACUAUAAAAUACGAUUCUUUAUUCGUUUACCAAGAUCUUACAUGCAUAUAUUGCUACCCCUAUUGUUUUCCAUCAAAGGUAUCUUGCAAUCUGUCCUCCACUUUUCUUUCAUUUCAAUUUUUUUGUUUAUAUAUAUACAUCUUUAAAAAGGUUUAACAAUCUUCAUAUUUUUUGCUAAUAUUUGCUUCAAAAAAUGUAGUGAGAAAGUCUAUAUUUCGAUUCCUUUUGUUUCUAAGUUGCCAAGUUCAUGACUCGUUUUAUUUGCAAAUUCUGUGGUAAUUCGUAAAACUCUUCUUAGUUUUUCAUCUGCACUAGAAAAUUCCAUCCAAUUUGCUUCUUUCAAGUUCAGGAUGAUUUUUUCUAUCACACUUCCCCCGUUUUAUAUCAUACCCUUGUUUGUUUGAAAAAGAAAUGGUCGUGAUUAUUUAUUUCAUUCUCUUUUACUUUUUCAGCGUUUCUCAAUUCCUCCGAGCAUCUAUGUAACAGCUCGUCAUCAAAUUCUAAAGAGACCUCAUGACGCCUUGGCAUUGUGGGUAGAGGAUGUACCCAGGGACAGUUUUAAGGUUUGCCUCAGGGAAACUAAGAUUUUUGAUGGUCUGCAUAAAAACAUCAAGGUGGUAAGUGAAUUUCUUUUGUUACCUGUUACAUGUUUGAAAGUAGACUCACACGACUUGCUGCAACUUACAGGGGCUGUGCUCUAGCAGAACCCAGUUGCCCCUGAGCUCUACCUUUGCUCUUUGCCUACUAGGAAAUCGUAGCUUUUUUCAUAGAGAUCCUAUGUUGGGUACCCUGUGAUUUACACAGGUUCAGAGAAAUGGGCUCCCUUCUCUUAGAAACAACCUUGACUUGAGAAAGAAUAUAUUGAUAACAUUAUUAAUACUUUUUCACUUGUCCUUCAGGACUGGAUAGCAUUUGUUAAGCUGAUGACACUGAAUUCUACCUUGAUCCAUGGCCUUGUAACAACAAAGAAUAACUCACCACUAAACAAGCAACAAAACAACGCUGUCUGUCUGGUAAAGUAACUAAUGAACUAUACUGGUUUGGUUUCUUAGUCACUUAUAUUAAUAUAUAAAUAGAAAAUCUUUCAUAAGUUGAUGGAGCUCUACUGUUGUUAUCGUCAACUAUUUAAACAACAUAUAUCAUAUACCGCAUAUGUGUAGAAAAACUUAAUAACGCUAAUUCUUUUCUUGUUUUUUUAGAUACUAAAGUUCACUGAUGCUUUCUAUGCCCCUCCGGUAGUAAUGGUUUCACCAAGACUCAGUUACCAUAACAACAACUCGCGUUUCUCGGCUUCCGGAACUUGUAACGCAGUUACUGCGUGGAUUCAGGUAACAUAUAUGAAACUUGGAGCCAUUUUUCUUAGUCCAUUGCGUCCUUGGGCUGCCUUCUUAUAAUAUCUUUUCCCUUCUAACUUACUUUUAGCAUUGUCUCUGUUUCAAUUUUUCAUGUCUUUUAAGGAGUCCAAAAAAGUUUUUUUGUUUUGUUUUUUCCCAAUUUUUCCAACCAACCCGUGCACGCCACGGUUUCGCUUUCUAAAAGACCUUGGUGUACCUAGUGACAUAGUAGCUGAGGUAAGAAAAUACCUGAUGAUGCUUAAUGAUUGAUAAUCUGAUACUUGUAAUGAUUGUGUCUAGCAUACCUUUACAAACGAAACCGAGUGUGUAUGAGAAGAUACAGCAAUAACGCCAAUUAUAAGGACAUCGUACAACUUGAUUACCUGGUGAUUGGAGGUACGUAAACAAUAUAUCAAAACCUUGGUGAAGGCUGUAUACUGCAGUGUAUCAAGUACAUUGUAUGACAUGAAUCUUUUGAAGUUGUUUCAUGGAGAGCUUUUUUUUUUCUCUAAUUAAUGCUAUUUUUGAUUGUAGAUUUGGUUGACCGAAAGAACAUGUUACUACUAUAAUUUCGUCGCAAUAAUUUUGUGUAUUCAAGAAAAUGAGAUUUUUUUAGAAAAAUUUAAAGUCUAAUUAUCUUUGGCACACUGUUGCUCCUGAUCACGAAAUUAACAGGCUCAUAUGUCAUGUCAUAAGACAAAAAUUCAGGAGCUGAAAAACGGGAUCACACGCAUUGUUAUCCUUUUCUUAGAGUCGCCAGUGUUGUUGCAUCUAACCGCAAUGCACCUUAUUGGCAUCUUAAAGCAGUUUCAGCUUGUAAAUUGGACGAAAUUUUUGCAGAAUCUAUACUUGUUUUCACGUUUUCCUUAAUUUACGUUAUAGUUUCUUAAUAUAAGUCAGAGCCCCUUUGUUUCCGAGAGGCAUCCGAGUGAAGACUUGCAUGAAUGGUGUGCCAAAACGGCGGUAAAUUUGAACGUGUCAAAAAUCCUCUUUAAUAACAUUGUGUCCAAAGCAAUUUUUUUGGUCCGCACGUUCUCAUAGUAAUGUGCAUUUUCAAUUCUAAAAUAGUUGUUAAGGAAUGGGCACUUUGAAAUCUAAUCUGUUGUUAUUUGCUUAAUUAUCUUCAGACUUGGAUCCCUGCAUAGACGUUACGUGUUAUUAUCACAGCUUCUGUAAGGCGUUUGGACCCCAUGAUGCACGCUGUGUAUGUGUGGAUAGCUGCCCAUCUUACAAAGAACCCGUUUGCUCAUCAAAUGGCACAACGUACGACAACAGAUGUUUGUUUGAAAGUGAAGUUUGUCUACAUCGACUAAACUUAACCGUGCAACAUCCUGGCAGCUGUGAAGGUUAGUACAGUUGUUUUUGAAUCUGUUAAAAAGUGAUUUUUGUUUUUAUUAGAUUUCAGUAUUAAUCGCUUAGCGAAGUUUUCGAAUAAGCUAUUUACUUACCCAUGUAAUCCGGAGGGAAAACGGCGAUAGAUGCGUGACUUUAUGGAAGUUCAGAAUUUUACGUAAUUUUGCUAAAACGUUUGACAGGAGCAAUGCUAAUAAGAAUACUGGUCAGAAAAAGUGGCGGAUACACUUAUGUUUUAAGCAUUUUCAGUUAAUACUCAACGAAAAUAUUUGUUUUUUUAUAUAUGUAUCACUGAACUUGGAAAUUUAAAACUGAUUCUUCUCUCUGAGAUUAGUAGUAGUAGUAGCAGUAGUAGCAGCAGCAGUAGUAGUCGUCGUCGUCGUCGUCGUCGCCGCCGUCGUCGUCGUUUGCAUUUCGUACCCUGACGUAUCUCUGCCUAACAUAUCUGGAUAACGUCCUUUCCUAGAGUAAAGCAUAACUGGAACUGAAUCUUUUCUCUGCGAGAAGUAGUAGUUACAAUGGAUGUUCACUUUCCUUUCCUUUAGCGCUAAUAGGCCUGACCAGCUGCCACUGUGUAGCUCUGCUCAAGAUGCAAGUUCUAAUCUCUCCAUGACUGCUUGCCAUGCUAUUGACCUAAUACAGUGACAAGCGACACAUUGUCCGCUGUGAACUUUCCCCAGGACUUCCAUAGUAGAGAGUAACAACCCCCUUUAUAAGAACCAUUCAUUUGCUGCUUUGUUAACAUUUUUAAGUUCUGGGUAAAAAUGAAAUGCCCUUUGCUCCGCAUGCUUUUCAUACUAAUCUAUAGUUCAUCUUGAAAUGUGUUUUCUAGGAUUUCCUUUUCAGCGUGGUCGUCGCCACAUGCCACAUAUUCCAUCCUUGGGCUACUCUCACUGUCAUGCCAUUCAUUUCAAACCGUUUGUGUUUUACCCUGACAAAUCCAUUCAAGUGCAGGUAACUGUCAAUCAUAUGGAUACCAGUGACAAAUCGUAUGUCCAUGACGCGGCGGUAUCGUGGGUUGAAAAUGUGAAUAACGACGGAUUCACUGCUUGUGUGAUGGCGGCAGGAUAUAACGAACGAAAGUCGUAUGCUAACGUGACAGUUGAUUGGAUGGCGUACCAAGGUGCUCCAGUGGGUGGCGUGACUGGUGAAGUGCGCAUGUCUCAGUGGUGGACUGGUACGACUUGUGCGACUGUCAUGUUUCCUACAGUGAGUGGCCUUUGUUGGGUUUUCUUGUCCUUUCCAUUCUUUUCAAGAUCAUAUCUUUUGAAACGCCUCACUUCUACUGAGGUCACUCAGUUAGUAACAGAUCGUUUUCAAUAUUCAUCAGCAGUGAUUUGUCGUUCUGGUGCAGCCGUACACUUAUUACCAAAAGUCGAACAAUGUCAUGGUAGUACAAAUUAUUCUUUUACCAAUUUCCAGCAUAUCACAAAUGUCAUGGGUUCCUUUUGCAGAAAUACGAAAUUGAUUCCUGUUCGUGGCUUUCUAAGAGUUAAGAGUUGCCUAACUCGGAUUUAUUUUUCAGGGAAAAUUCUCUGUGAUACCGUCGGUAUUUGUGAUUGCCAAGCAUUACAAUCCAGGAUUAAAACGUGACGCAGCAAGCGUAUGGAUUGAAGAUGUCACACAAUCAUCCUGCAAAGUUUGCUUGAGAGAAUUGCAAAACUACGCUGGAUCACACCAAGACGUUGUUGUUGUAAGUAACGCUAAUCUCAUGGAAUCGAACGAACAGCGUUUUUCGUUGGAAACUAAGUGCAACAGACUGGUAUCUUUCUCCAUCUCAUCUUUUCGCUUUUUUACGCUUCUAGCAGUUGGUCCAGCAGGGAUGCACGAUUUUUUACUUGAAAAUAUAUUUCCCUCCAUCUGUUUCCUCUUCAUCCGGCUUUGUCAACCCAACCAUGUUAUUGCUUUCUUGUAACCUAAGAUGUCGGUGGCUGUUUUAUAUAAACCUUGUUGAGAGAUUACCAUUUUAUUUUCGACGUUGACACAAUCUUUUUGUAGUUAGGACGUGAGACUGAAAAAGAAUUCUUUCUUUUUAUUGCUAUUUAUUUAUUUAUUUAUUUAUUUACUUUAUUUCAGAAUUGGUUAGCGUUUUCAUAUCUUGACGAGCCUCCCUUCUCAGAACAUAGUUCGAUUUACUUUUCGAAUGAUAAACCUCCCCCUCAGAGUCAUUAUAAUGCCUUCUGCAAGGUCAGUAUUCCAGUCCUUUCAUUAGUCUUUUGGGUUUCAAUUCCCGUCACAGUGCACUUAAUUUUAUUGAAUAAAUUUGCAAUCAGAGAGCAAAAGGAAACGGUUCCCCUAUCAUGUCUCUAGUGAUGGUAGUUGCAUUUAAUCAGUUAAGAAGGCUGCCUGUCAUAUUUCAGUAAACAUUUAAAAUGAAAAUGAAAUAUAGAUUAUAAAUGCCCUAAUGUGGAACAAGUCUUUACCUUUAUUUUAAUGUCAGAGACUGAAUUUUUACAUUUAUGUAAUUUCUUUUGACAGGACGCUACUUUUACUAAAGUUUAUAAUUCAACUCCACAUGUGUUUGUUUCUGCCAAUCAUUCCACCAAAAAUGGAAGUCAAAGUCCAAUUCAUAACAGCAUAGCUGAGUGGGUAGAGGUAUGUUUUUAUUUAUUUAUUUAUUUAUUUACUUUUUAUUUAUUUUAUGAAUUUCUGUAACAUACCACUUGCAACCACACUUACAUGUGUUGCGUGCAUGUUUAAAAACCUUAUGAAAAUACGAAUGACUGUAAUUAACACUCUCAAUUUUACAAUACAGAUAGCGUCCUAUUGCGAAUAACAGUUUAUAAAAUACCAAAUGUGCGAACGAUCAGGCAUAACCCUUGGCUAGUAAAAUAGCCAUGAUUUAUAGAAAGUCGUUAAAACUGUGUUUUAAAAAAUGCUGUGUAGCUGUAUAGCAGAAGGUAAGCCGCUGCUUUGUUUUUCCGGGAGACAAAUGUUGUCAACAAAAAGCAAUAAGCAAACUAAAAUUGAUGUUAAGCAAGAGAGAAUGAGCUAAGAGAGCGAAUUCCUGUGACCCAUGAUGAUUAGUUGAAAUCUAUUGAAAGUUCGCACGCGUGCGAUGAAGGUUAUUUUUAUCUGCUGUUUACGUGACCCGCGCGGUCUACUUUCCCGUGAACGCGACAUAUUUUGCCGCCAAACAUUUGAAGUUUGACAGCAGUUAUAGCAAUUAUGGCAUGAGAGGUUUAAGUUGUUGACAUAUAAUAAAGCGCACUCAAUUGUCCUGCUUUCCUCUUCUCUUUGAAGCCCUGUCAUGCAAACUUCAAGGAACAGGGUUGAUCACUUCUUAACAUCGGCUAACAUGAGAAAUAUGGAAAGUCUUCUAGUUAAGACCUACCUGAACUGUUGUUUUUUUUCUACUAGCAAGGGAGAAAAAACUCCGUCAGUCGUCUGUGUGAACUACUUAAUGACCUGAUAAACAUCCCUUUCUUGCAGUACAUCAACAAGACAGGCUUUCGUGCUUGUGUCAAAGAAUUAUAUGAAGCAAAAUAUGACCCAGUGUCAGUAACGUACACAGUUUUGUCACGUAAGAGCUCUACUGUUACAAAAUUAAUAAACUUCAGUACUUAGCAACUUUCUGAAUAAAAAAAAAAGGAAUACAAGCAAUACAGAAAAGGAAUGUACAAAAACUGGAGGAAAUAAAAAAAAAUUGCAUUCGGGUGAUGAUGAAAAACAACGCUCAUCCCUUUUUCCAAAUACAUAUUAAUUUGUAUAAUGGUGUGCUUUAUAAUACUUGCAGUUGUUUUUGCGGUCUUAUGUAUUGCCUUUAUUUUGUCCUGAACAAAAAACUUCUGCUUUUCCACUUCUUUUUUUAAUCGCAAAAAUGGAAAUAACAAAAAUGUUCGAAGCACAUAACUGCAACUAAAGCUAUACAUUUUAAACAAUAUGAUUAUGUAGUUCACUAAUUCCUACAUUGUAAACGCGCAGACAUCUGUCCAUCUGGAUGGGAUUACUUCAAUGGAUACUGCUAUUUAACAAGCUCUGUGUGCGCACCUUGGGUGACUGCUGUGUCCAACUGUUCAGCAAUGAACUCACAUCUUGUAACAGUGCACAACCAAGAAGAAAAUGUCUACAUACAGCACCGUCAUAAUGGAGAGCGAUCAUGGAUUGGACUUAAUGACCGAAGCGUUGAGGGAUCAUUUGUCUGGACAAACAAGGAAAUAACCAGUUUUCGGUUCUGGGCUCCGCAACAACCAAACAACUGGAAAAACGAAGACUGUGUUCACACUCUGGGUGCCAAUAAUGGCUACACAUGGAACGAUGUGUCCUGCCAUAACUGCCAUAACUUUACUUGUGUUCAAGGUAAAAGCGGUCAUCAGGUCCGUUUUACAACUUACAUUAAAUGAUCUGUUAGUUGGCACCUGAGGUAAUCUUAUAUAUCUUCUGCAAAGGGUUGUGGUUCACUUCAAUAUUUUAUGCUAGAAAUGUAGCCAAAACAACAACAAAAAAAAACAUCCAAUGUUAGCGCGCAUGAAUGUAGUGUUUCUUUCAGUCAUAGUUAGUAGAGAAGACUGGUUAUGAAAGCUGGGAAACGGAAUCAAAGCUUAAGAUUUUAACAAAGGUGCCGCAAUUUAUGUUGGUAGCGAUCUUCUUUUUUUCUCACAAAAUGCGAAUGAAUAAAUUAAUGCAAUGUUUUUAUAGCCUGUGUACAGACCCCCGUCCCCCUUUUUUUGAGGGGAGGAGGGCGUCUGCACAAAGGCUACGAUUUUAUUGGUGAAAAGGAUCAAAAUGAUAGGAAUGCUAUUGAACUUUUCACAACGUCGGAUGAGUCCAAAAAAGGUAACCAAAAAAACAUAUAUCCUGGUAUAAUAAAGACGUUUGUAGGGCUUCGAAGCCACUCCACUUUUAUUAACUUUGCUUCAGUUUAUGUUUCAAACCUGACCGAAUGUAUCAAGGAAAAAAUGGGCACGCGACCGAGCUUAUUCGAAAGUUGUUAAGGUGUCAUAACGUAAGAUGAAAGCAUUUUGUCCAGUGUUUGACAAAUUCAAAGUAAUUUCCUUUUUUUCUUUUCAAGAGUUUUUUAUAAAUUCAAGUUGAGAAUAUCAUUUUAGAAAAUAAACACGUAGCAAGGUCAUCGAUCAACAAUAGAACAUGUGAGUGAAUGAAGCGCCGUGAUUUCUUUCAGAAAUUGACGAAUGCACAACUAACUAUCACAGAUGUAAUGUGAAUGCUGCUUGCCAGAAUACCGUUGGCUCAUACAAAUGUACUUGCAAAGCUGGAUACUCUGGAAAUGGCCGCAAAUGCGUUGGUGAGUACUGAAGUUUGCUUUAGACAUCCAUAUUUUGCCCUAAUACUUCGCAAACUGACUGAAUUCAUUCUUUUCUGAUGUUGUUUGUUAAUUAAAAAAAGUAGUUUACGUGUCUUUAGUAUCUUUUUACGGACCUCAUACUGUAUAUGUACAGUGCUGUAAUUAAGUUUUUCAUUUAUCUAUUGUACUCGUAAAUUUCUUAUAAACUCUCAGUCUAAGGCGGCAACAAUAAGACACCAACCUUUGGUGGUAAUUUAAUGGAUUUUGAGCAAACAUAUAGUUUGCCCUUGUGUUUCGCAAACUGAGUGUUCUAAUAAGCCCCUUAGUCUAAGGCGGCACCAACCUUUAGUGGAUGGAUUUUGAGCAUUAUAAAAAUACUUGCACUAAUGUAUGGAACAACGUUGACACGAAUUUUCACUCUUUCAAUUAAAACAAUUACGAAAACUGGUAGGUGUACUUCGUAUUGGGGACAUAUUUGGUUUGAAUUUAAGAAUUUCAUUGGUAAUAACCUUAUAGUUUGAUAUGAUUAAAAAAAACUCGAAAAUAAAAAUUUCACUUUCAGACCUCAAGGUCGCCCCAGUUCUGAGUGUAAAUAAUGGAAAUUCGCAAGGAAAUGUCAAAAGGAAGGUAUUGCCUUGUUGUUUUCGGCGCAUGAAAUCAAUGUUUUAUAAUUUUGUCUUUGUUUAUAGAUAUCGACGAGUGUAAGAGCAAAACCCAUAACUGUGACAGAAAUGCGUUAUGUAAGAACACAGAGGGGUCCUUUACUUGCACCUGCAAUCGCGGUUACAAGGGAGAUGGAAAGAAGUGUAGAGGUAACUAUCUAGCACUCUUUUCGUAAAGGUUGGUUUUCACUAUCGCGUAAUUUUUACGUGACUGCGUGAGCGCGUUAGUUUUACGUACGUAAGUAAAAUAAGGGUUAUGUAAGAAAGGUCGAGCGUAAAGGUAAAAGUUGACCCUUGCUAAACUUUACGCGCGUAUUCACGUAAAUAUUACGCGGCAGUGGAAAUCCACCCUAAGUUCUUAAUGUUCAAAGAUAGUUUAUACAUCCAGCACAGUCGCUCAUUCCAUUGCUUGUAUUUAUUCUCCCUGGCGCCGGUUGUUCAAACGUUGGAUAGCGCUUUGCAUCGGAUAAAUCACUACACAGUGGAUAAUAAGUUUUAGGGAAACUAAUUGCGUUAUCUACUGGAUGGCUAUUCAUCCAGCAUUUGAACAACUGGGCUAUGUAACUUUGUAACCCUACCAUAUCCGCAGAAGCCACCGGUUUAUCUGUAACGUAGAGUUAAAAGAGGAGAAUGUCAAGAAAGAAUUUUUAAAGUUAUAUAUACCUGCCUUGUAAACGUAAAAUAAAUGCAAUUUAUGUUUGUCUUUGGUUUUUUAGAUAUCGACGAGUGUACAAGCAAAAUCCAUAACUGUGACAGAAAUGCGUUAUGUAAGAACACUGAAGGGUCUUUCGCUUGCACGUGUAAACCUGGUUACAAAGGAGAUGGCAAGAAGUGUAAAGGUAUAAAUAUCUCAAUAGCACACGCAAUUAUCGCGUUGUCUGCUUUUAUUAGUUAACCACAUUUGUCAUGGAUUCUUAGCUAUAAACUGGAAUUAGCCUAUAUCAACGGGCUUAAGCCAGGGAAUCUGUUCACAUGCAAUUAUUCUUUAAUGAUUUUCCUCCCUAAUAGACUCAACUCAAAGUUACCUCCAGCAAUAGGAAUCACUACUCUUUGAAAACGAUUGCAGGCUUGAUUAAUUCAGUAAUGGAGCUUUGUGAAACUAUCUUCACUUUUUCUUUAGUUUCAUUUUACGCAGGCGAAUUGUUAAGGCUUUUUUUAAAAAUUCUUUUCUUAACUAUUUAUCAACCACGUUUUCUUCUUUUAUUUUCACCUUGAGUUUACACGAAGAUUAAAGUGAAAUUCUCGUUUCUCCAUAGAAGCUUUGAAAACUUUUUCCAAACAACGAAUUCUUCAAAGUUGAUCUCUAAUGUUGAUGCGUAUUUUGUUGUAGCGACACGCGGGCUCGUUUAUGACGAUCCCGCUCAAUCCUGCAAAGAAAUCAAGGACUUAGGUACCUCCAAUGGAGACGGGGAGUACUGGAUUGACCCUGGAAGGACUAAAAGUGCUUUUAAGGCAUAUUGUGACAUGACAACUGACGGAGGUGAGGUUUUAGUUGAAGCUGACACUUCUUUUAUGCUGGUACGUCUUAUUUCAUAAAGUAAGUUCAAUAAAUUCUCAAUAACUAUAUUGGUAUUUCAUAAAUGCAUUAAUAUUUUGUUUGCGCCAGGCCUCGUUUCGGGGUCAACUUGAAAGACUAACAUCUGCUUAGCGAAUCACGGAUAUCUUAGUUCACGUGAGUGAUAUUAAUAGAGCUUACAGCGAUUUUGGCUGUGAACUAAAUAUUACUGCUUGUUUUGGCCCACAUGAUUGAUAAACAUUUAUUGAAUUUCAGGGGGAUGGCUUCUUGUUUCCAAAGUUGUUUCGCACGGUUCAUCUUCCACUCAGAUUCCAGUUAAGACUUCGUACCGCGGAGUAAGCAGCAAAGAGAUGGUGCUCACAAAAAGCGCCAUGAAGGAGCUGAGAAAGCACAUGCAUUUUACUCAGAUAAGAUUUCACUGCAAGAAAAGAGGAGGUCGUAGAUUUCACAUCACCACGGCUGCUAACAGCAAAGGUGAAGCUGUUGUCAAAUACUUCAGUGGUGAGACAGAUGUGAUGCCCGCCUCUUGUGGCUCGUUUGUUAUCAUGAGCAACGACAACUCGCGGUUAGCAAGACUCUGCCAAUACUGGGGAUACGCAAAGGGUUCUUAUAAAAUUGGAAAAUGGGGUCAUGAAAAAGACCACGAUCGAUUAUACAAUCACGCUGCUUUUGUAUUUGACAGCCCUCGUCAAGGAGUGGGGAAUCAUUUAUGGAACAUUCUGCCAGCUGACAGAUGGGAAUGCGACGAUUCUCCUUACGUUUCCAGAGUGUCCCCUGGCGAUUUUUGGAAAAUAUUGGUUCGCUAG